CUUGUCAUAGCCACCGUUGAUGCGCUUGUCGCUCUGAUCGCUCAUUCGAAAGGCUGUUUACCUAUAACCUACAUGAGCUGGCGGUUGUAUAUGAAGGUUGUAUAGGAGAAAAAUUAUAACUAACAAAGUGGCAAAAAGGAUAUAAUUUUGUUUGAUCAUGGGUUAAGAUAAGGCCAAAGAAAUAUUGAUAGUAAAGGUUUUACUGUUUCAACAUAGUAAUUGAUUGGAGGUUAGCAUUUUCAAGAUACAUCACAUAUAAUUUAAUUGUAGGACUAGGAAAGAAUUAUACUUUUAAUUGUAUCAUAAAAAAACUACCAAAAUGGAUCAAAUGCUUCCAAGUCCUGGCUUUAGUAUACCAAGUAUUGGUACACCUCUUCAUCAACCAGAUGAAGACCAACAAAUUUUACCUAAUGCACUCCAUCAGCAACAGGAAUCGCAGCAACAAACGUUCCAAUUGCAACAGCAAAUAUCAAUGAGUCCAAUGUCUGCAAGUUUAAUGAUGCAAACUCCACAGAAACAAAUGCACACAUAUGCAAUGAAUCAGCCGUUUGCUACUCCACACAGCAUGAUGCAGCCUCAGACUCCUCAAAAUAUUAUGUCUCCUCUUGUACAGCCAUCAAGUCAAAUUGCUCCAUCUUCAAUAGGACCAUCUACACCUGGUCCUUUGACUCCAAUGACGCCAUCUUCUGCAGAUCCUGGUAUUCUUCCACAAUUACAGAAUAUAGUGGCUACGGUGAACUUAACUUGCAAACUAGACUUAAAAAAAAUAGCUUUACAUGCAAGAAAUGCUGAGUACAAUCCUAAACGUUUUGCUGCUGUAAUUAUGCGAAUAAGAGAACCAAGAACAACUGCUCUAAUAUUCAGCAGUGGAAAAAUGGUGUGUACUGGUGCAAGAAGUGAAGAAGAUUCUCGACUGGCUGCUCGUAAAUAUGCGAGAAUCAUUCAGAAACUUGGUUUUCCAGCUAAAUUUCUUGACUUCAAAAUACAAAAUAUGGUCGGCAGUUGCGACGUAAAGUUUCCAAUUAGGUUAGAAGGUUUAGUCUUAACACAUGGUCAGUUCUCAUCAUAUGAGCCUGAAUUAUUUCCUGGCCUCAUUUACCGAAUGGUGAAGCCUCGUAUUGUACUUCUUAUUUUCGUUUCUGGAAAAGUGGUGUUGACUGGAGCGAAAGUGCGUCAAGAAAUAUAUGAAGCAUUUGAUAAUAUUUAUCCUAUUCUGAAGAGCUUCAAAAAGCAGUGAUAUACAUUUUUUACAUAUAAGUUCCUUCAAACUAUUUUCACAGGAUUUGUAUUUCUUUGUGUAUGAAUUGAAAUAUCUCCAAUUAUUUUUUUUUAGAUUUUUUACUGUAACGUUUGUAUAACGUCGAAUUUGAAUCAGUUUUGUAUAAUGAUUGCUCUUCCUUAUGAAAUGCAAACUCCCUAUUUCCACGCAAAGGAAAUUGACGACAUUCGAAACGCUAGUCUUUUAACGAUUUGUACAAUAAAGAAGUGUCAAAUAGCACAUUCUAGAUUAUAACGAUCAGCUUAUUAGGGAUAGGUUUCGAAUUUUCUUGAAACUUAGUAUAAAUGUUGCCUAUAUGGUAGUUUACUUUAGUAUGAAUUAGAUUAUUAUAAUACUUCUAUCAAAAUUUAUAAACAAAUAAAACUUUAUAACGAAAAAUUUUCAAAAAUGUAUAUCCCUACGACGUCCGAUAAGUCGGCAAGUUCGGUAGCAGCACCGAUUCAGCGCCGACACGCGGUCUAACAGGCGUCGUAGGGCCUGUGAACGUCCACUAUUAUAGCUCACUGCGUCGCAUCUAAUGAUCACUCGAUAAAUUUGAAAACGGAUUCUUAAAGAAAAAACGUCAAAGAAUUGAAUAAAAAUAGAAGUAUUGAAAUAAAAAUAACACUUUUUGAGAUAUGGCCAAUUGUUUCAAAAAAAUGUUAAUAACUUUUGAAAAAAUUGAUAUUAAAGUAUUGUUCGCUUAAUAUAUUCGAAGUACAUCCUUUUACGCGUAAUUAAAAAAAAUUCGUUUCGAUAACUUAAAUGGUUGCGGAGAUAUAAAUUUUUGAAAAUUUUUCGUUAUAAAGUUUUGGUAGCUUAUAAAUGUUGAUAAAAGUAUUUUAAUAAUCUAAUAAUUCAUACUAAAGUAAACUACCAUAUAGGCAACAUUUAUACUAAGUUUCAAGAAAAUUCGAAACCUAUUUUGGAUAAGCUGAUCGUCAUAAUCUUUAAUGUGUCAGAAUGGAAAUUUCUUAGAACUUGAAAUACGUUUUUCAGAUAUACUAUAUGAUAUACAUAAAACUUAUUUUAUUGAUAAUUAGUAUUUUGAUCUAAUUAAUACAAGCACAAUUAUUUUUUUGUGCAUUUAUUUGAAAAUUUCACAAAAUUAAGUGAAAUUGUACAAUGGAUUUUUAUUUGUAAUGUAGGUAUUUACCUAUUAUUGACUGGCUUUUUAGUUAAGUAACAGUCUUAUUGUUAUCUAAAUAUAUACGUAUUAAAUAAUAAAUUUCACUACUUUAACGAAUUUUCUUUGCACAUACGAGUGAUGUUCAGCAUUCGUCUUCUCGCUACAAGAAAUGAAUGCAAAUUUUUGGUUUUGAGUAAAA